GAUUUGAUUUGGUUCGUUAAUUCGAUUUGAUUUGACGAUUUGAUAUAUACACCCCUAACUAACAUAUUGAAAGGAGCUUUUCUAAUAUAUUGAAAUUUUUUGGUUUGGCCACCUUAAACUUUUAUUUUUUUAAAUAACUAAAUAGAAAAACCCACCCGUUUCCGUGUAGGGAGAAAAAUAUAAGGGAAACUAGAGCGACCGACCUUGAUGAUCAAAUAGAAAUGGCUCUGGUCUUCCCUUCAGUUUCUGUGUCAUUCACUAAAGUCCCAGGUAAAUGGAAAAAUUGGAGAUACGUUGAUUUCUCUAAUAAGGAAAGAACAUUUCCACGUGUGGCUACAAUGUGUGCAUCUACAUCGUCAAAGUCAAAGAAAAUAGUUUGGAUAUGGACAGAGAACAAGCAUGUGAUGACGGCUGCUGUGGAGAGAGGUUGGAAUACUUUCAUCUUCCCCUCACAUCGCCAAGAUCUUGCCCUUGAGUGGUCUUCUAUUGCAUUGAUAUAUCCUCUCUUUAUUGAAGAGGGGAGGCUUAUUGAUCAUGACAAUCAAAGAGUUGCUGCAUUUGCUGAGAUUUCUUCCCCUCAGCAGUUAGAACAAUUUCAGAUAUCAGAGGAACUGGCAGAUAAAGUUGUUGUUAAUCUACUAGAUUGGCAGGUGAUACCUGCUGAAAACAUUGUUGCGGCUUUUCAAGGCACUCAGAAAACUGUACUUGCUGUCUCAAAGACACAAUCAGAAGCUCAAGUCUUUCUUGAGGCCUUGGAACAUGGUUUGGGUGGUGUAGUGAUGAAAGUUGAGGAUUUUGGCGCAGUCCUUGAGCUGAAGGGUUAUUUUGAUAGAAGACGUGAAGUGGACAGUCUGUUGAACUUGACGAAAGCCAAAAUUACUCAUGUUCAAACGACUGGAAUGGGUGACCGUGUCUGUGUUGAUAUCUGCAGCCUCAUGAGACCUGGUGAAGGUCUUCUGGUUGGAUCCUUUGCAAGAGGGCUUUUUCUUGUUCACUCAGAAUGCUUGGAAUCAGAUUACAUCUCUAGCAGACCUUUUCGAGUUAAUGCGGGGCCUGUACAUGCAUAUGUUGCUGUACCUGGAGGAAAGACUAGCUAUCUCUCGGAACUCAAGUCUGGUAAAGAGGUCAUUGUAGUCAAUCAAAGGGGUAUGCAGCGAACGGCAAUUGUUGGGCGUGUAAAGGUAGAGACGAGACCACUGAUCCUUGUGGAGGCAAAGGUGGAAUCCGAAAAUGAAAGUUAUUCUAUUCUCAUGCAGAACGUGGAAACAGUUGGAUUAGUUUCUCUCCUACAUGGCGAGGAGCCUCAGCAAACUGCAAUUCCAAUGACUUCACUACGAGUUGGUGAUGAAGUUUUGCUUCUAGUACAGGGAGGCGCUCGGCAUACUGGAAUAGAAAUUGAAGAGUUCAUUGUUGAGAAAUGAAUUAGUUUCUGCACAUUCAUACAUUUUGUUGAUAGAUGAGGGGUGUUAAGCUCUUAAUGGCGAUACAAAUCUUAUCUUAAAUUCUCUAAUAUUUGUACCAAAGUCUUUUGACUACUAUAGAUUGAAUCAAAUAAAACAAGUUCGGACUGAGUGCUUAUCACCUUA